AUUGUACUCCCUAAUAUCAACUUAUACACUGAUUAGAUAAAUGGGGUAGUUUGAUAAAUGAAACUCUUACUCCAAAAUAAAGCAUAAAAAAGUGCGAAGGGUAGCCAAACCCAAACAGGGGAGUUCAAAAAACAUUAAGAAGAGGAACAUGAUUAGCUCCGAAGGGUUUUAUCCUAGAUGCUGAAGAAAGCUUUGAUCAAAUUUCUUUAAAUCUCUCUGGCCGCCGCAAGUUGCAGUGAUGAAAAUCUCGUUCUCCUCUGCUCGUAUCUUUCAAUAGAUAUAAUGGUAGUUUUCUAUCCUAACUGCUUUCUUUGUUCAAUGAGAUGUUUUUCAAGCUUCCCUCCAACAAUUUCUCUGCAAUCCUUAAGAUUUCUACAGUUCUCACCACUUUCAUCAUCAUCAUCAUUUCCUUCCACUCCCUCCCUCAACGUCAUUUCAGAUUUUUUAACAAAAGAAUGUGGGUUUUCCUCUUAUCAAGUGACAACUGUCAUGAGAAGAUACCCACUGCUAUUGAAGAGUAAAUCCGACCACACUGCUAGAGAAGCCAUUCAUAUGUUGAAGGAUUCCGGAUUUACUGACAACCAGCUUAAGAGCACCAUUCUUAGAAGCCCAACCAUACUUUCGCUCACUGUAGAUGGAAACCUGAUGCCCAAGAUGGAAUUCCUGAAAAGUUUGGGUUUGGCUCCUCAGAUUAUAUCUCGCAAUUCCAGAUUGCUUACCAUUAGCUUAGAAAACUCUCUCGGUCCUAAAAUCACCCAUCUUAGAAACCUAUUUGGCUCAAAUGUCCAUUUGUGUCGGGCUCUAAAAAUGGUGCCUGAGCUUUUGACCGCUGAUUUCGAGAAGCAGGUGAAACCUAAAAUGGAGUACGUGAAGAAUAAUAUAGGCGUUUCGGAAGGUUCCACAGCAUUUUUGCGAGCCCUUAAUGCAAUUAUUAGCCAAAGUUUUGAAACCCUGGAAAAGAAGAUUAAGCAUAUGGCGAGCCUUGGUCUGGCAGAGGAGGAAAUUCUUCUAAUUCUUAAGGGCAACCCUAUAAUAUUGAGUUGUUCAACUAAGAAAGUAAAGGGAAACAUCGAUUUCCUGAUAUACAUUGCAGGUCUUAUGCCCAGGAUUUUUGCUACAUAUCCUGUUAUUUUGAGUUAUAGUGUAGAGAAAAGGCUCAAACCCCGUUAUGAAGUCUUCAAAUAUCUGAGGACAAACCAACAAUCCAAGCCUCUACCCAGUCUGCCUACUUUUUUUCAAUUAAGUGAGAAAGAAUUCCUUAAAAGAUUUGGCCAAUACGAUACUGAAAUCAAGUCUAACGAUAAUACAAUCUCCUAAAGCAAGCAUUUUGGAGCAGUGAUGGAAUUUCAAAAUAAAAAAUUAUCACAGAUUCUUCAAGGAUUGGACUGGGGUUGAAGGGCAGGGGACAAGUCUAGGCCAAGGCAUUGUUAUAACUUAUCUUUAUCUUCUAAGUUUCGCUACUGUACCACUUUCAUGAAGAACGCUUUUUUCCAACUACUGAUAAUCAUCAAAAUGUAAUAAAGGACUCUCUUAUGUAUCUAUAAGGCUUUUGUAAGUUUCCUCAUUUUGAUGACCACUGAAUGUUAUAUAUCUGUAAGGCUUUUUUCUUGCUUUCUGUGUCAGUUAUGGACAAGAUCUAGACCGAUGUCAAUAUGUUGCCUUUGUUUUUGCCAAGUAUGGCUUCUAUGUUACAAGUUACACAUUGGAAUCCUUACAUCACUUUGCAAUGCUA